AUGCCAAACUUGUUUGAUUUGCUUGAUGAAGAGGAAAAUGAUCAGCAAGAACAGCAAAUACCAAAGAAAUUAUCUAAAAGAGCUCAAAAGAAAGCUCUAAAAUCAACACAAUCUGUCCAAGUACAACAAAAAUUUGAAACUUUGGACGAAUCUCCGUUUAAACUUGUUUAUGAAUUGGAAGAAUUAUGGCUAAUCGUUUUGGAAUAUUUACCUGUCCGAGAUAUCUAUCAACGAAUUAAUUUACUAAACUCGGUGGAAUCAGUACGAAUUCACAAGAAUGAAUUUUUUGUAAAAUUAUUGAAAAGAGAUUGUAAUGGAUUUUUUAAUCUGGUUGACCGAGAGAUGAAAUUCAAGAUUAUUUCUGGAAUUGAUAAGGAGAUUUUUUUCAAGAGUGUUUCUGAUACUCUGAUGUCACCUCAUAUGGCUAAGAAGAAAGCUCUUCAAGAAAAGGAAAGAACUUUGAAAGAUUACAAUAAUUGUAAAGUAAUUUUCAAGAAUAUUCACAAUCAAUUAGCAUGUUUGCAGAAGGAAAACGAAGUUCAAGAAGAAAAUCGAAUGCACCAUGCAAGAUUCUUCCUCGAACGUGAACUUUCAAAGAUUAAAAACAAAGUACUAAUCCAGAAGAAACAAACUGAAUGUUCGCACUUUCGUAUCUCAAGAAGCAGUAUCAAAGGAGAUGAGAAAUUCAAAUAUCUCUUCCAGUGUGAACUAUGUGGAAUUGGUAUGAAAACUAAUUUCCUCCCAGAAGCAAUCUAUUCGAAACUCAAAGUAACANCCAUUUUUGAUUAUGAUAUUUUUGGAAACCAAGCCUACAAUUUCCUCCGAAAAUUUAUGAAAAAUUCUCGCGAACGACAAGUAAAAUAUCAAAAGGUUCGGAUCGAUGCAUUGUCUUUGGCUGGGUUGAAUGCUUCUACUUUGGAAUUGCUGAUUAAACAGUGUAAUGAUGAGGAAAUGGAAGAAAAACUGUGUGAUGAUAUGGAAGUCAUGUUAAAAUAUAUUGAUUUUCACGGAGAUUUUUAUUUAAAAGCAAGUCAACGAUUACAGAAUCAUCAUAAAGUGAGGAAAAGAGCAGUUCAGCAGAAUGGAAUGUUAAUUUUGGAUAUGGAUUGGAGAUAUAUUACAAAAGAUUUAAUAUUGGAAGCUGUUAAAGAGGAUGGAAUGGCCAUUACGGUCUUUGAAAAUAAUGGAUGUUGGGACACGGUAAUUACAACAGAAGCAGUUAAAAGUAAUGGCAUGGCUUUGGAAUAUCUUGGUUCAGAAGUUACAAGUGAUGCAAUUGUAAACCUGGGAGCUAAUGACAAUCCAUUCGUUAAGACUACAACAGCAGUGACAGAUAGACAAGUGGGUAAUAAGGUAGCUCUGUACCUUGGAUUAUGUCACGAUACUAUGGGCAAUUGUAUUGGAAAGGAAAUUCUUGUUGAAGUCAUGAAAGUUCAUCCAUAUUCUCAAUACUAUUUGCAACAUGUUAACGAUUUGUCUCUUUCUGAAAUUAUCGAAUUAACCAAGUUGUCUGUGAAAUACUCUGGAGAAAUAGUUGAUAGUAUUAAUGUUGAAGGAUUUCCUGUUGAAGAGUGUGAAAAAUUAAUAGAAUAUGAUGGAAAUGCGCUGUGUUUAAUUAAUGAUGAAAAUCAAACAAGAGAAAUGAUACUCCAAGCUGUUCAAAAUAAUGGAGAAUCUUUGGAGUAUGCUAAUAUUGAUCUUGUUGAUGAUGAGAUAAUAGCAGAGGCAAUUAGAAAUAACCCAGAAGCUAUUCAGUAUGCCUUUGUGCACUCAGAUAAAACCGAUUUUAAGAGUUUCAUAUUGAAUUUGGCUAAAGAGAAUGGAGAGAUUAUUUGCUACACUCAUAGGGAAAUAAGGAAUGAUAGAGAUGUAUUGUUAGCUGCU